CUCGGCGGCUGUGUACCAACGCAGACCGCUAAUCCUUUCACUCUUGUCAUGCAGGUGUUUCAGUGCGCAUUCCUGCGCAUACUGCUUUUCGUUUCCCUGCCAGCUUCUUUGACCACACCGUUGCAGUAUCAACAUCGUUCCAGCGAAAGUGGCGCGUUUACCUGUCACGCCCUCUUGGUCUUCGACACAAGCUUAUCAACCACAAUGUACUUGGAACCACUGGACUUCACCAAAUGCAACAGAUCUGGAUCCCUUCCGGCGCCACCGGUCAGCUACAUGGUCCUCGACAAAACCUGGUCGACGCUAUCAGCAUCGGCAUCGAUGCCUGUGUCGACUACAAAAGAGCGGCCUUUGCCGGCGGCGCUGUGUGGGCUCGGCGGCUGUGUACCAACGCAGGCCGCUAAUCCUUUCACUCUUGUCAUGCAGGUUAGUAAAAUUUACAGUCUUUUCGCUAAGAAGUCUAGUAAUUACCUGCUGUUUGAGCUGCCGAGCCCACACUGCUGCGUUCUUGUUGCACUUGAGUGCUCUCGUGUGAUUCCUGCCUUGUUGAUGAUGUCGGGCGAUAUUGAAAGCAAUCCGGGUCCUGCUUCUAAUGCUGUACUAACUGAACUGCAGAAAUUGUCUGCCGGUCAGACGGAAUUAAUCAGUCAGGUACAGGACCUUAAGUCUCAUUUGUUAUCAACCGAUAAAUCUAUAGCAGAUCUCAGUAGACGCAUGACUGAUCUAGAAGGGCACUGUCAAAAUAUUAUUUCCUUGCGUACUGAUGUGGAAGCGCUUAGAAGAGACACCGCUCGCGCGAGUGACCUUUUGCGCAAGCUUGAAGCGCGCGUGGAUGACGCCGAGAGUCAUUCUCGGCGCAACAACCUCAUAUUUUAUGGCCUUCCUGAAUCAACUAGAUCUGAAGCAUUUGCCCAAGUUGAACAACUCGUCAUUAAGCACUGCCAUGAUCAUCUGGGUAUUUCCAUCGAUCCGAAAGAAAUUGAUCGCGCGCAUCGUCUGGGUCGCCGCAAGGGUACUAACCACCAUCGCCCCGUAAUAGUUAAAUUCGCAUUCCAUAAAACAAAAGCAGAGAUUCUUUCUAAUGGACGGAAAUUUAAAGGAACCACUUUUAGUGUUGGUGAAGACUUUUCACGUCGUGUACAAAACGUCCGUCGGCAAUUGAUUGCCUUUGCUAAAACCAAGUCGCUGCCUUUUCCCAUCACUUACAAAACACUGCUAAUGGGUCACAAGCGCUACGUCUACGAUGAGCAAUCGCAAACUGUAAGGGAAGCAUCGUAGCAAUUUCCUCGGCGCAAAUCUGCCGGGCACACCCCCACACCUCAAUCGGGCCUGUCACUUUCGGUAGUCUUUGCUAACGCGCGCAGUUUUUUUCCUAAACGCAUCACUUUUUCUGAGCUUGUUUUAUCAUCAUGCAGUAACGUAUUGGUGAU